AUUCGAUAGGCUCUGCAAGAUGCUUCUGACGCCCUCGGCUACGACUCCAACAAUCCGGACGCUAGAGAGGAUGCCAUGCGGCGGCACGUCAGCGAAGAGAAUGGGCGCGGGAUAGCAAGUAUGACAGGAGAGGAGAUAGAGCAGGAGAGAAAAGACAUUGUGGAACAAUUUGGCACUGGCGUUGGUGAUAUGUCAAGGACGCUAUGGAACGAAGGUUGCAGAGACAGCUUCAAGACUUUUCGCCCUUUGAAUCAUUAGAUUUAGCGCUGGUCCGACUCAUACCCAAAUUUAUUGUUACAACUUCGAUGGGCUCCUCGCAAACACCCUCCAUACGAUAUUAAGG